AUGGCAGAGGGGGAGAGGCCGAGGAAGCUCCUCCGCCUGGUGCAGGAGGGACGCCUGGAACUCCUCCGGGAUGAGCUGAGACCGGGUGAUGUCUCUGGACCUCUGGACCUGGAGGUGCAGAGCCGGCGCUACGGGCGCUCCGAGGACACGCUGCUGCACCAUGCUGCCCGCUACGGGCACCUGCACAUCCUCACCUACCUGGUACAGGUGUUGGGGAUGGAUGUUGAGGUGUUUAAUAGUGAUUACAAAAGACCCCUCCAUGAAGCAGCCUCCAUGGGCCAUGAGGAGUGUGUCUCCUACCUCCUGGAGAGAGGAGCCAGCGUAGACUGCUUGAAAAAAGCAGACUGGUAG